AUGGCCCAGGAAGUCAGCCUGAACGCCCUGCAGGAGCCGGAGCGGGAGGCCAUCCUCCGGGUGCUGCACCGGGACCGCGCCCUGCAGAGCAUGGAGGAGGAGCGGGUCCGGAAGCUGAGGGCACGCCUGCAGCAGCUGCGCUGGAGAGGCGGGCGGGGCCCGCGGCCCCCGGAGAAGGCGUGUGCCCGCUGCCGGAGCGCGCUGGGGCUGCUGCUGAACCGCGGCGCCGUGUGCCCGGGCUGCAGCCACUGCGUGUGCCCCGCCUGCCGCGUGUUCCUGAGCCGGCCCCGCCUCUGGAGGUGCACCGUGUGCUACGAGGGCAGAAACGUGAGGAUCAAAACCGGAGAGUGGUUCUUUGAGGAGCGGGCCAAGAAAUUUCCAGCCGAAGGCAGGUGCGAGACCGCUGGCGCCAAGCUCUUGCAGUCUUACCAGAGGCUGAGCAGCAGCAUCUCCGUGGUCCCGCCCACCCCGCCUCCGCUCAGUGAGAGCUGGUGCAGCGGCAGCCCUGGCCGGCUGCAGGAACUCGGUCGCUGUAGAGGGUUUAAUAAGUCGGUGGAAAACUUGUUCCUGUCGGUUACCACCCACAUGAAAAAACUCUCUAAGUCCCAGAACGACAUGACCUCGGACAAGCAGCUCCUCAGCACGGACCCCAGGCCGGGCGCCAGCCGGACGGAGCGGCGGAGCCAGAGUGACACCGCCAUCAACGCCGCCCCCAGGAAGGUCAGCGCCCCCGACAUCCUGCUGCCUCUCAGCCAGGGGAGUCCCAAGCGCUCCACCAGCCCUGUUUCCAAGGGGGACGGUGUCUCAGCCCACCCCGCGCCCCGCACUUCCUUCUCAGGAGGCUCGAGGCAGGGAAGUCUAAUCAGCAUUAACAGCACUUGCACGGAGAUUGGCAAUUUUGACAACGCUGCCGUCUCUGGAGAAAUAGAAUUUGCCCUCCGCUAUUGCUUCGAAACCCGUUCUUUGGAAAUACGCAUCCAGGCCUGCAGGAACCUUGCUUACGGAGAGGAGAGGAGGAAGAAGUGCAACCCGUACGUGAAGACCUACCUGCUGCCCGACAGGUCGGCCCAGGGCAAACGCAAGACGGGCGUCCAGAGGAGCACGGCGGACCCAACCUUCCAGGAGACCUUGACGUACCAGGUGGAGCCCGCCCAGCUGGCGACGCGGCAGCUGCAGGUGUCGGUGUGGCACGUGGGCACGCUGGCCCGGAGGGUGUUCCUGGGAGAGGUGGUCGUCCCUCUGGCCACGUGGGACUUCGCAGACGGCAGCAGGCAGGGCCCCCGCUGGCACCCGCUGCGGGCCAAGUGA